AUGUCUGUUUUCUUUGAUUCUCCUCUAAAUGAGGAUCUUGUGGCGGUGGGCGACGCAGAGUCUGUGUUGGAAAGCAUUGGUGUUACCAACGGCAUACCAGCAAAUGAGUCACAAGACUACCACCAGUUACUGGCUGCUGUCCAUGACGUUGCGGAGCACAUACUUCAACUACCCGACUACACAGCACGGACAGAUACUGAGAAGUAUCCACGAGAGCAUAUACAUCGACCGUCAGCAGAUGAGCAAGACUUUGGUAAUGCAUGGGCCCACAAGUUCCUCAUACGUGGCAAUCCGCAAGGAAGUCUGUUAAGAGGAAAGACGCUAUGUCUCAAAGAUAAUGUCGCGGUAGCUGGAGUUCCACAGUUCUUCGGGACAGAUGCUAUUCCUGCAUGGACACCCGAUGACGAUGCUACCGUAGUCAGACGAGCACUAGAUGCUGGUGCUGAUGUCGUGGGAACGACCAUAUGCGAGAACUUCUGCAACUCUACCUCAUCCUUUACUUCGGCACAAGGUACCGUUCACAAUCCAUAUGCAAAAGGUUACUCCGCCGGCGGUAGUACAUCUGGUGGUUCCGCAGUAGUCGGCGGCGGUCUUGUGGACAUCGCAAUCGGUGCCGAUCAAGGUGGAAGUAUUCGCGUCCCGUCGUCUUUCUGUGGCUGUGUUGGACUAAAGCCAACUCAUGGUCUAGUUCCUUAUACUGGCAUAUCUAGCGGUGACGCUAUCAAUGAUCACGCUGGGCCCAUAGCAAGGUCAGUUGGCGACGUAGCAUUGUGCUUGGAUGCAAUCAGCGGAAAAGACGACUACGAUGAUCGUACACUUGGUGCACCGACACACGGUUCUACACAGUAUGCAAAGAGUCUUCAGAAUUCGGUUGCGGGUUUGAAGAUUGGCGUUCUCAAAGAAGGCUUUGAGCACCGACUCGUCAACCAAGAAGUCAGAUCAACUGUGACGAAGGCCGUUCAGUCUUUUGAACGUCUCGGUGCUACCGUUGAAGAGGUGUCGCUACCUCUCCAUCUAGAAGGGCCGGCUAUUUGGACCAUCCAACAGCGAAUCGCAGGUACUCUCAACAUGUUGGGCUAUGCGCACGGUCGGAGAGGCCUCUUCUCAACAGCCUACGAGGCAGCACGGCAACCAUGGACGAACGAAACAUUCCAGAAGCUGUUCCCAUCGACGAAAAACACCAUCAUUAAUGGCCUCUCGCUCAUGCAAAACUACCCGGGUCUUUAUGCGAAGACUAUGAACCUCGCCCAACAGCUCCGAGACUCUUAUGAAAAGCUUUUUGAGGAAUACGAUCUUAUCAUUAUGCCAACGACACCUUUUGUAGCUCCGCCGAACAUAGAUUGGAAGCGCGGGGAGGACGCACCAAUGGAUGCGCUAAAGCCAAGUAUGGGCAUUACCAUCAACACCGCUAUCUUUGACGUAACAGGCCAUCCUGCUAUGUCGCUUCCCGUUGGAUUUUCUCCUUCGAGUGUCGAUCCUGAAAUCAGAUUGCCGGUUGGCAUGCAGCUAGUUAGUGGCCUAUGGCAGGAGCAAAAAAUACUAAAUGCGGCUUUUGCGUGGGAGUCGGCGAACGAUUGGAAAAAGAUUGGCAUUCCGAAAGAUCAAGAGCUAAGGCUUGCCACGAAGCUAUGA